AUGUCUCUAUCCAUCCCACACUCUGCAGAGCUAGAGAAGAUGUCUGACUAUCUCACAAUAGCAGAUCUAAAGAGAUUGUACCUUGUCACGUUUGAUGCUCGAAUCAAGUGGCGAAACAUCUUGCUUAUUCUUGAUGUACCCUCAGCUACAAUUGACAGCAUUGGGAAAGAAUGGAGCAACAUUCCUGAUGACUGCAAUCGUGAGGGUUUGAAAGAAUGGCUUAAUGCAGAAGGAGAGAAAAGCUGGAAAGAUAUGGUGGAGGCUUUGUCUAGUCCCAUCGUGGGUGAAUUUCACAUAGCCAAGACCAUCGAGAAAGAUCAUUUACAGUCUACUUCAGAGGAUGACCAAAAUCGCCAGUUGAUCAACGACAAUUUGAUCGUUUUCCUAGACGAGCUUCUUGGUAAAGGUGCAUUUGGAGCAGUCUUCAAAGGCAGCUACAAGGGCGAGAUGUGUGCCGUCAAAGUUCUGCUUCACGAUGCUGUGGAGAUGCAGGCAAGUAUUUCAAUCGGCAAAAACGAAGAAGCUAGCAAUGCAAUUGAUCGUGAGAGUGAUUUUCUCAAGUCGUUCCAGCACCCAAACGUUGUUCAGUUUCUGUCGACUGCCACGCACCCCAAAUCAGGUAGUACAAUCCUCAUUGUUGAGCUGAUGGAUUGCAAUCUGAGAUCCUAUUUCUCUGGCCUUGGUGAAGAGUCCCUCACUAGCGAAUGUGAAAUUAGUCUCUCCAAAGACAUGGCUUGUGGUCUGGCCUUCAUUCAUAGCAAGCAGAUUAUCCACCGUGACCUCUGUGGCGAUAACGUCUUGCUGAAGCUUACACAACCAAUGCCUAUCGCAAAAAUUUCCGACUUUGGUAUGUCACGAUUAUACGAUCCCUCCAAGCUUAGCCAAACCCUCACAGCUGUUGGUCACUGUAGAGGGUAUCUACCUCUCGAGGCUAUUCGAUUGGAUGAGGAGAAUUACGAUAAUAGCGUGGAUGUUUUUUCCCUUGGGGCGAUUAUGGUACAGAUUGUUCGCAAGCUAAAGACAGUCAAAUCUGUGGAAGAUCGAUCAUUCCAUGUUGCCCGGAUCCCUCGCACACACAGGUUGAGGAAGCUUAUCGACAGUUGCUUGCAAGAAGACAUGAGGAGGAGACCAUCUGCCAGGGACAUCUGUGAGUCAAUUUACAUUUUAGCUGUUACAGCUAACACUAUACACUCUACGAAAAAAUCAAAUUCGUCUUUAUUAAUGUUGGUUCGAUUUUUAGAUGAUGACCUGACUAGAUGCUCAGACACAUUGGAGGCAACAAAGAGAGAGUCCAAGGACACUCAACCAGUCAAGAAGGUGCGUACAUGUAGUGUGUGA